CUGAGACAAGAGACACAAGCGAUAAAGCGAGACUUCGACUCUCUGACGGCCGAGGCAGAGGCAAACAAAUACAAAAAUAAAAACGGUCGAAGAGUGAAGAACGGGUCGAAAAAGUUUCGAUGUUUACGGGCAAGGCAUUCGUCUAGUUGUUCCUCGGCGCUUUUUCAUUUAGUCGAUACAUGAUUAGUUUAGCAUGGAUUGUUUAAUUUGUGACAAUGAGAACGGACUUGGUGAUUUUUCUGUGUGUGGUAUUGUGUGUGCACAGUGUACACAACGAGGAUGUAGGACCACGGAUUUCUUUAUUAGGUGAGUGUGCUGUGGCGGAUGCAAUUUCUACUCGAAAAUGAUUGGGAAUUUUUACAUUCGUAUGAGAUUGGAGGUUAUAAUAGUCUCCAGAUUGUUAUUUAUAAAAUUUAGAGUAAAAUCAUCAACAAAAGAUUAAAUGUCUUGGUCUUGGUGUUACAACCAUACAUGAAUUACACCCUGUAUCGGAUUUUAGGCAUCAUACGCUCGUAAAACCAAAAAUUUACCAUGGAAGAGAAAAAAGACAAAUUUCGUCGACCAAAGAAAAGACUGGAGAACACGCUAAUCACUUACAAAUUACAAUGGAAGUCGACGGAGAAGAAAUGACCUUAGAUUUAAUGCUAAAUAAGCAUCUGAUAUCGGAAGGUUUCUUCCACAAACACCAAUCGAACGGGGAAUAUCAAUUGCAUCGACCCAAUUAUCUAGAAGCGAAUCUUUGCGAUUACAAAGGAAAAGUGCGUGGGAAACCGAAUUCCUGGGUGGCGUUGUCGACUUGCCACGGCCUAUCCGGCGUUAUCUUCGAUGGAAGCGAAAUGCAUUACAUCGAAAAAGGACCGGGUUCCGAUGACGUCCAUUAUUUCUAUAAACAUUCCGAUUUGGUAGAAAAUAACAAAACUUGCGGGUACGCCGGGGACGCCGUCGAUCCCGAGCGAUCCCACGUCCACAAAGAUAAUAGAAUAUUAAGGUAUAAGAGAGACGCAGACCAACAGUUAGUCAGGGGACCCUAUAAUGCCAAUAAAGAAUCCAAAUAUGUAGAAUUAGUGCUCGUCAUAGACAAUCAAGAAUUCAAAGAGCUCGGUGAAAGUACAACCAGAGUGGUAAAUCAUGCCAAAAACAUUGCCAAUAUUAUAAACGGGCUGUACUCUCCAUUAAAUAUUUUUAUAGCUUUAGUAGGCGUAGUAAUAUGGAGCGAAAACGACGAGAUAAAUUUCUCCACCAACGGUGAUACAACGCUCACGAAUUUUUUGCAUUACCGCAGAGAAAAACUGAUCAAAAGUCAUCCCAACGACAAUGCUCAAUUACUAACGAAAUUUACGUUCGAUAACGGCGUAGUGGGCAAAGCCCUUAAAGGGCCAAUAUGCACCUACGAGUUCUCCGGCGGCGUAAAUACAGAUCAUUCACCUGUUGUAGGACUUGUUGCUACCACUGUUGCUCACGAAAUGGGGCAUAAUUUCGGCAUGGAACACGAUACGAACGAAUGCGAUUGCCCGGAGGACCGUUGCAUCAUGGCGCCCAGCAGCUCGACCUUCGCCCCCCAGCACUGGUCGUCCUGCAGCGUAAACUAUCUCCUGCAGGCCUUCACGCACGGCAUGGACUACUGCCUGAAGAACAAACCCAAAGCGCUCUUCGACAGCCCCGUCUGCGGCAACGGUUUCGUGGAACAGGGCGAACAAUGCGACUGCGGCCUGGCCGAGCACUGCGACAACUACUGCUGCAACGCCACCACCUGCAUGCUGCACGCCAACGCCAGCUGCGCCACCGGAGAGUGCUGCGAUCUUUCGACGUGUUUGCCGAAAGCAGCUGGGACCCUAUGCAGAUCGGCGGACUACGAAUGCGAUUUGCCGGAGUACUGCUCGGGGCAAUCGGAGUACUGUCCGGAGAACUUGUACAAGCUGGACGCGGAGGAGUGCGACGAAGGCAGGGCCUAUUGUUACCGCGGGUAUUGCAGCACGCGAACGGACCAGUGCAAAUUGCUGUGGGGCGAUACGGGAAAGUCCAGCGACGACCAGUGUUACAUGAUGAACACCAAAGGCACGCGACACGGAAACUGCGGUUACGACAAACUGACGCAGAGUUAUUUCAAAUGCGAAAACGAGAGCGUUUUAUGCGGUAUGCUGCAUUGUAAACAUCUAAACGAACGGCUGGAAUUCGGUAUGGAAUCCGUGGCGAUUCUAUCGCAUACGUUUAUCAACAAAAAAGGUUCGAUUAUUCCUUGUAGAACGGCGAUUGUCGAUUUGGGUUUGAACCAAGUCGAUCCCGGUUUGACCCCCGACGGGGCCAUAUGCGGAGAUGGGAAGAUGUGCGUAAACCAGAAGUGCAUGUCGGUGUCGAGUUUGAGGAUACACGGACCUCAAUGCGAGAAAGAUUGCAACGGUAACGGAUGGUGCAAUAAUAAAGGACAUUGUCAUUGUAAAAACGGCUUUUCACCGCCGAAUUGCGAUUAUCCCGGCCCCGGAGGUUCAUUGGACAGCGGUCCAGCAACUGAUCCUAACGCUCGCCAAGGCAUCGUCACCGCCAUGUUCAUCAUCUUCCUCGGCGUGGUGCCGCUGCUGGCGAUCGUCGCCUUUCUCUCCUACUACGCGAAGCAGAACUGCACGCCGGGCCGCAACAAGUUCGCCUCGCCGACGUCGAAAUCGCCGGGCAAGUCGAGAGGGACCUCUUUCCCGUCGGAAAUCGCCAAGCGCACCGAAGACAAUCAUUCCCUUUUGCGCGAAGACACGCCGCCCCCGGCCGGCUUCAUCGUCCUGCCGGGCAACUUCUUCGGCAAUUUCAAAGGAUUUUCCAUCAGCCCGCUGAAGAACGAAGAACCCCAACCGGUCAGAAGCGCCCCGUCGCCGCCCGUUAAAGGCGCCACCUACGCGAACGCGCCCCAAAAACCGACCGAUUCGGACGCUUCCAACGAUAAAUCCUCGGUACCUACGAGGGCCGCUCCGCCGGCUCCCAAACAUCCAGUCACCGGCCUCAUAAGCAACUCCAUACAAAAGUACAAUUCCUUCCGGAAAAACGCGCUUUCCGCCGGAGUAUCUAACGUCAACGACGUCUCGGCGGCUCCGGCUCUACCGCCUCCGAAUCCCGGCAGCAACGCGCGACCUAUUAUCUCCUCGCCGGUGUUGAAAAACUCCACUUGCACCGCCAAGGAGCUCGUAUCGCCUCUACGAAACGCCCCGACAGCUCCAACUCCACCGCCGCCCGAUUACAUCGAAUUCAACGCACCCGAUGACGCUCCCGACGCGCUCCCGAGCCUCCCCGAAGAACCGAAGAAGCCCAAAGAAGGCACCGGCACCUUAAACAGGAUCACCUCCUUUCUGAAAUCCUCCGACAAGAAACCCGCGGUGGUACCCAAACCCAGCCAACUCAAACCCAACAAGACCAUCAACAAAGAAGCGCUGCGCAACAUCGAAAUAUCGAACCCCAUACCGCAAACCCGCAUCGAAAUCGCCGCCACCGCGCUGCCGGUGGAGAAAGAGGCCGCCAGGAGCGUGGUGAUGCGCGCGCAGAGCAUGCGCACGACGAAAUCCGAACGGCCGCGCAUCCAGACGUUCGGCUCGAUGCGCCAACCGAACGGCCCCAAGCGGCCGCUGAGCAUCCCGUCGGGGGCGCGCCCCACGAGCCCGCCGCCGCCGCGGCCGCCGCUCGACGUCCCCAAGGAGGCGCCGAAGGCCGAGGAAGAGAAGUACGAGGACCAGGAGGAGGGGGCGAGCCCGACGGGCGACAACAUCUACGCGGUGAUCGAGGAGAGCCCCGAGUCGCCGGCGAAGCCGCCGCCGUCGAACGACAGCAUGGGUUUGUUGGGGGAGAUCGUUAGCGAAAUACAAAACAGGAAUUUCGAUUCGAUAUACUCGACAUCUACUUUGGCGAGGAAGCAAAAGGAGGCUAUCGAUAAGGAGAAACCUUCUUCGGAAUCGUCGCAAACGUACGUUAACACCGCUUCUUUGCAGUACGCCGAUAACAGCGAGUACAGCAACAUGAGCGGUAACCUCAAGUCUAGCGAUAGUUCCACUUCCAGCGGUUAUAUAUUACCAUCUGCUGUUAACGUUCCCGUUAAACAGGAACCGACUAACGUGAGUUUAUCGACGUUCAAAAGCGGCUCGAAACCGCCAUCGUCCGGCUUCAAACCGAAUCCGAAGAAAGUGGAAACGUCCCCGGACCGGACGAACUCCAAGACCAAACAACCUCCGUCGCCCACGAGCAAGGCGCCCAUCGCCAGGCAGACGACGCCGCCGAAUUUGGUGAAAACCAGGAAACCGUCGCCGAGCAGGCCGGCGCAGAAGUCGAACCGAUCGGUGACCAACAGCCCCGACUUGGUGACCAGCUGCAACGCCAACGGCAACGGGCCCUCGAAGCCGCCCGACGUGCUGGGGACCAGCCCGGCGGGCAAGAAGCCGUCCAUAGCGAGCGCCAAGCCGGCGGUGAAGACGGGCGCCGCGAAGGGCGCGAAAUCGGUGAGUUUCAAGUCGCCGCAGGAGAAGAAGGGCGAGGCCAAGCCGGCGGCCGGCGGUAAAGCGGGCAAGGCCGGGUCUGGAGUCGGGGGUGAUAACGCGAAAACCCCGGUGGGCGUCAGGAACGCCGCCAGGUCGAAUUCGAACGUAGCGGCGCUACAGCAGAAAUUCGAAACGAAGACGACUGCCAGUUGAAUACUCGAUGGUUUGAAUGAGGUAAUUGAAAAAUUGUUUUUGAAAAUCAAUUGUUACACUACGUUUUUGUUCUACAUGCAAUGGAUUGCUUUUAUUUUCUGACUACGUUCGCUUAAACAGAGUAAUUAGCAGAUCUUAUCGAAUUGACCCCAAAACAUUGUAUGAAUGGAAAAUUCGGCCGAAAGUGUAAAUUGAUUUUUAAAAAAUAAUGUAAAUAUUAUUUUUUGAUUAUAUGAAUAAGAUUUAUCAGAAGCGUUAAAUUGUUCGAAUAUAUUUAAAUUCACGCUGUUUUAAUUACAAAUUUAACUUUCAUUUAAAGCGAUAACUCGUGUUUUUCUUGUUUUUUACAAGUUUGUAAUUAUCUAAUCUCCUGCAUAAAUAUGGAAAUUCACUGUGAAUUCAAUGCAAAAGAGAUUUUUCUUAUGUUACACUAGCACUCAUCUUUGAUCUAUUACCUUGGUAAAAUAUUUUAUAAAUCUCAUAUAUGAUAAGAAAAUGUGAUUAUUACCUAUAUUAUUUUGAAAAUUCAACAGUUACUAUGCUUUAAAUUUUCCUAAAAUAAAAUAAUGCACUUAGGUUGGAAAUACGUGUACAUAGUAAGGUAAGUAAUUAGGAAUAAUGUAAGAUACGAAUAAUUGAGUAAACAGCGUGACUUUAAUUAAAAUAUUUUUCUAUUUAAUUUUGAUCUAUGAGUAAAAUUAAAUUAUUGAAUUAUUCCCUUAAAUUGCAUCGACGAAAAUAUUUAGGAUUCUGCAUUUAUUAUAUUUUUUGUACAUAUACCAAAGA